AUCGUAUCUGUCAUCAUUAGUAGCCUUGAAAAUCCCGGUUGGAUCGCGUUGUUUACAACAGGAUAUCUCCGAACGAAGAGUUCUUUUUCCCGAUUUUUGUAGUUUCUUGUGCAUUAUUCCGUCGGUAAUUCGUGUCGAAAGCCAUGUCCGGUCAAUACCCAAGCGGCUACCAGAGUCCCAGUGGACAUCGCGGGAACUUCAACAGUCCGAUGAUGCAGCAGCAGCUCAAUCAGAUGGGUGUCCCCAACCAAAUGGGAAUGAUGGGUUUCAACCAGGGCAAUGUAAUGCAGAACCAACAGCAAAUGCAAUCCGGUGGGGUACAAAGUGGUCCGGAUAUUGGAAUGGGUCAGAACAUCCAGCAGCAGCAACAACCGAACCCCAGCCAAGGAACUGGCCAAGGCCAGCAGCAACAACCAGGCCAAGGUCAGGCUCAAGGACAGCAACAGCAAAAUCCUCAGCAAUCGCCUCAGCUAGGGAUGGCAGCUGGUGGACAGGCAGUUAGUAGUGCUGCACAAUCCGCUACUGGAACCGUUGGAGGAGCUCCGCCAGGACAGCCGAAUGCUGGACCUGUAGCUAGCACACAGGCCGCAUCCAAUGUCCAACAAAAGGAAUUCAAUCUUUUGACGCUUUGCCGAAUCGGCCAGGAAACGGUGCAAGACAUCGUGAGUCGGUUUCAAGAAGUUUUUGGAUUGCUCCGUGGAAUACAGCCCCCCAAUGGAACGAAUGCGGGACUCUCGUCGAGCAACGACAAGAAGGCCAAAGUUCAGGAACAGUUCCGCACCAUUCGGUUGCUGUUCAAGCGGCUGCGACUGCUGUACGACAAGUGCAACGACAAUUGCCAGCAGGGCAUGGAAUAUACCCACGUGGAAAGCCUGAUACCACUUAAAGGGGAACCGGAACGGGCGGAACCGAUCCACACGGAGGAGUACAAGAAGGCACUGCAGGAAAAUCGCGAGCUUAUUGAGAUUGUGAUGCUGAAGAAUAAGCAACUGCGGGAAAUCAUCGACAAGAUCAGGCUGACGAUUUGGGAGAUCAACACGAUGCUUAGCAUGAGAAGGUGCUGAGUGUAGAACUGGUGCACAGACAGGUAGGUGGAUGCUAUUUUUAAUGUAAUGGAAAAGUCUCUUAAAUUAUCAGCCGUAAUAUAAA